AUGAAUCCACAAGGAAGAAAGAGAGAACGAGAAGAGAAUAAACAUGGCAAUGAAAAAAAAUUAAAGACUGAACAUAGUGAUGGCGAUGAUGGUAAUGAUUUAGAUAAUGAUUUAAAAAUCUUAUACAAAAAGACGUUAAAUUUAAUGCAACUAAAACCAGAAGAACUUUUUAAAAUACUUCAACCAACAUAUAUGGAAAAUUAUGAUGAAGAAAUGGGAAAGAGAGAAGAAGUGGGAAAGCGAGAAGAAGUGGGAAAGCGAGAAGAAGUGGGAAAGGGAGAAGAAGUGGAAAAGGGAGAAGAAGUGGCGGAAGUUACUACUACUAUUCAAAGUAGUAGUUCAUCACAACAAGAUCAGGACCAACAAAGUGAUGAUCUAAUUGCAUCAGAUAUCCAUCAUUGUACAAAUUCAAGGGUGUGGACCAAGGAAGAUAAAACCAUUUUAUUAAAGUAUUGCCUUAGAAAACGAAUAAACACUGAUGAACUUUACGAAUUGGGUCUAUUAAAAAAAUCUCAGGCAAUGUCUAAGCAGUGGAAAUCAAUGAAAAAUAAGAUCAAGAAAUCAUUUGGCUAG